AUGUCUCUGUCCAAGAUAAUUCGAUCCUCAAUAAGAAGACUGCGAUCGGUGCUGGUCUUGAUUGUUACUGUUUCGUUGCUCUUUUACUACACCUUUGAGAAUGAGCUGGACAUGUUGAAUUCAAAGGCUGAGAACGAGUACACGCCUUCCAUUAAUGCUGGAUCAAGAUUUGAAGGUAAGGCUGGAAUCUCCGAUGCCAGGGGAGACACCAGCAACGAGAUAACGGAGCUUGCUGCUACUGAUUUGAAGGUUUUGCACGAGAAGAACAAAUACUUUCCAUUACUGGUAUCUGAACCAUCGAAAGAUCCAUCCAAAUUGCUAGAGACCUUUAAUGACUUAGACUUGAAUGCUCUGGCAACGCACAAGGAAAAAUAUCCAGUACUCAAUGAAGCAUCACUUCCUGUUAAUUCUCCUGACGGGCCGGAGUUUAGAAUUCAAAGUGAUCAUUUCGAAGACGAUGGCCUUGAGGAUCCUGAGAUGCUCUCUAAGAUACGGGAGCUCUUUGUGAACUCCUGGAGCCAGCAGGAAUUGAUCGACAAGGUAUCAGAGUACGACUGGCCACUUUCGUUAAUCGAUUCGCUUGACUCGCUCUAUAUAAUGGGCCAGAUCGAGAAGUUUGACAGCGCGGUCAAGGUUAUAUACAAUAUUGAUUUUACGCUGCCGCCGUUCUCUGUGGAGAUUAUCGACGUGCCCGACGUAGGUUCCAGAGCUUUGGGAGGCUUACUAUCCGCUUAUGAACUUUCGAUGAACACUGAACUAUUAGAAAAGGCAACAGAAGUGGCAGAUUUUCUUCUGAGAGCAUUUGAUACACCGAAUAGAGUUCCUGUCUUGCAGUACUUCUGGAAAUCAAAACUUAAUAAUAAGUUUCCCUACAAGAACUCAGAUGUUGGCCGUUUGACAAGCAUGACGCUUGAGUUUAUCAGAUUAUCUCAACUGACGCGCAAAAAUAAGUACUAUGAUGCAGCUCAAAGGGUCUAUCGCACAAUAAUGUCGUCGCUCGAUGAAUUCGAUUUGAGCCAUCUCUUUCCUGUUCAAUUGGACGCUUCUGGUUGCUCAUUGAUUUCCUCUGACAAGGUGCAGCUGGGAAAACACUUGACCGAUUUAAACGGGAUGAAGAGUAUAGACGAAAAUUUGCAGCUCAUUCAUUGCCAACAAACUGGUAAACUUGUUAGCCUCAAUGAUGACGGGAUCAGAUCCGAGCAACUGUUUAACAUGGACGCCUCUUCGCAAUCAACGUUCUCUAAUUUAGUGAAGUCUUACCAGCUGCUGAAAGGUAACGAUAUACUACAGGUCACUGACGAUCAGCAUUCUACGAAGGGGGAUCGAGCUUCAAGUGUUGACGACAAAAGCACCAAAUCGCAGGACAUUCUAACAAAGGCUGCCGACGUUCAAGAUCUGCAUAGUUCAAAGCAGGUGUUCGUCAAAGCUAUGGACUCUGUGAGGGGUUUUAUGGCCUUUUGUCCUUCUACACCACUGAAUGAAAACAUUACAAUGAUUUCAUCAUUAAGAACCAAACGCCGAGCAUCACCAGCAACCAACGAACUGCAUAUUGAAGUUACAAGACACUAUGAUAUGAAGUUUGAAAGAUGUUCUUUGGCGAGUACAUUAGUAUUAGGUUCUAGAGUGUUUGGCAGGCCAGAUUACAUUAAUUUCGCUUCGAACUUAACUAGCGGUUGUUUCCAGCUCAUGGAACUUUUUGGAGGCCUGCAACCUAGUGAGCUCUACAUGGAUCCCUGUGAAAAUAGUGACUGCUCAUUUGAUUCACAGUUGAAAAUCCAGAGGGCUAAUGACGGCUUUUAUUAUAAUUUAGAGUCCUCAAGAUCAGAAGUUGUGCAUCAGGAUGAUAUUGCGAUAACCAAUGGGAAGAAUACUAACGGAGCACGACAAACCGUAGUUGCAUUUGCCGUGAAGGAAGGACCCGCUAUCUAUGAAGUUGGCGAUUUGGAAGUUGAAGUUCAGAGCAAGCAAUGGAAGCAUGACCCUCAAAGGCCGCUUUGGCUGAAUAAAAUGGGGCCUAUGAGGUUGCUAGCUCCGAGCGCUAUUGAAUCUGUCUUGUAUUUAUACAGGAUGACAGGCGAUUCCAAAUGGAGAACCAUGGGACGGGAGAUGUUUAGAACUACAGUCGAUAAUUUGCAAAAUUUGAACGGUGGAGCUAAGGGAGUUUGGAAAGUUAGUGAGCUUCAUGACAACGGACGCAGUUUAGCUUCAAGCGUAUGGCUAUCACAAACUUUGAAGUAUUUUUAUUUAUUAUUCUCAGACAGCUCGUAUCUGCCUUUCGAUGAGUAUGUCUUCACUGCCGGAGGACAUCUAUUGAGCAGUACCGGAGGAGAAAAUCACCUUUAG